UGUACAUUGGACGGACUUCAUAAUGAUUCUACGACACUACCUCUUUGCCUUCCUCUUCUUCCUUACUCGCUUCUACUAUGCUCGUGCAACGGCGCUGACCACUCUUGUCGCUCCAAAUGAACGCCUUUGCUUCUACGCGGACGUGGACAAGGCCGGAGAGAAGAUUGGCUUCUACUUCGCUGUGCAGUCUGGCGGCUCCUUUGACAUCGACUUUGACGUGAAAGACCCUAAUGAGCACCUCAUUCUCGACGGCCAGCGCGAACGCCAGGGCGACUACGUCUUCACCGCCAACGUCGUCGGCGAGUACGCCUUCUGCUUCGAGAACGACAUGUCCACCAUCGCCGACAAGCUCGUUGACUUUGACAUCAUGGUUGAGUCUGAGCCCCGCCGCGAAGCUCCCGCCAAGCAGAGCCAGAUCUCCGACCAGACCAGCGCACUUGAAGAGAGCAUAUUCCGACUAAAUAACAUGUUGAAUGGGAUAAAGAGGACGCAGAAACACUUCCACACACGCGAGAACCGGGGUUUUUCGCUCGUCAAGUCAACACAAAACCGACUCUUCUGGUACGGUGUUUUUGAGAGUCUAGGCGUCAUCGCCAUCGCCGUCACGCAGGUAUAUGUGCUCCAGACGUUCUUCACAAAGACAGGCCGCCGGUACAAGGUCUAGGUACCUUGCUGUGCAGGGAACUUAUGGCGGUUUAUUCAAUAUACCAUGAUCAUCUACUGCAUUUUUCCAGCCAAACGCUGAGUUUUGAGUGUGGGAUGUUCCGCCUUGUGAAUUCUCUUGCUGGCUUUGGACUUAACUCCGCGGCACUCGAAAUCGUAUUUGCCAUUGGCAUACCGAG